GAGGGAGAGAGACUGAGGAUCAACAGAGAGAGGUGGUGUUCGGUCGUGAGCGUGGACGAUGAGAGCCUCACUGACGAUCACGCUGCUCUGCGCCCUGGCUGCUGCUGCUGUUGUCCAGGAGCCUGACCACAGUCACGGCUGUGCCCACGGCAGCUGCUACCCGGCAACGGGAGACUUGCUGGUCGGUCGAGAGAAGAACCUGAAGGCGUCGUCCACAUGUGGGAUGAGGAGGAAGGAGCCGUACUGCAUCGUCAGUCACCUGCAGGACGAGAAGAAGUGUUUCGAAUGCGACUCCAGGCGACCUUACGACCCCGUCUACAACACCAUCAACCACCGGAUAGAGAACGUGAUCACCACCUUCAAACCUCACCGCAAGAAGUCCUGGUGGCAGUCUGAGAACGGAAAGUCUGAAGUCUUCAUCCAGUUGGAUCUGGAAGCAGAGUUUCAUUUCACCCACUUGAUUAUGACCUUCAAGACUUUCCGUCCCGCGGCCAUGCUGAUCGAGCGCUCGUCAGACUUCGGUCGCACCUGGCAGAUUUACCGCUACUUUUCCCACGACUGCGCGACCACGUUCCCCGGAAUCUCCCAGGGUCCUUUGCGUAACAUUAACGACGUCGUCUGUGAGACACGUUAUUCUGAUAUUGAGCCGUCAACAGAGGGGGAGGUGAUCUACAGAGUGUUGGAUCCAUCCAUCAGGAUCGAGGAUCCGUACAGCCCGAGCAUCCAGAACCAGCUGAAGAUCACCAACAUCAGAGUGAACUUCACCAAACUCCACACACUGGGAGACAACCUGCUGGACCCCAGGGCAGAAAUAAAGGAGAAGUAUUACUACGCCAUCUACGAGCUCGUCAUACGCGGGAACUGCUUCUGCUACGGCCACGCGUCGGAGUGCGCGCCCAUCGACGGCAUCAAGGACGAUAUAGAAGGAAUGGUUCACGGCAGGUGUGUGUGCAACCAUCACACCAAGGGUUUGAACUGUGAGCAGUGCGAUGACUUCCACAAUGACCUGCCAUGGAAACCUGCAGAGGGACGCAACACCAACGCCUGCAAGAAGUGUAACUGUAACAGCCACUCAAACCAGUGUCACUUCGACAUGGCGGUGUUCUUGUCCACGGGGAACGUCAGCGGCGGCGUGUGUGACAACUGUCAGCACAACACCGUCGGCCGCAGCUGUGACACGUGCAAACCUUUCUACUACAAAGAUCCUUUCAAGGACAUCAGAGACCCGCGAGUCUGCGUCGCGUGUGACUGCGACCCGGACGGUUCUCUGAACGGGGGCAUUUGCGACAGCCACACGGAGCCUUCCCUCGGCAUGAUGGGAGGUCAGUGCCGCUGCAAAGCCAACGUCGAGGGUCCGCGUUGUGACAAGUGUAAAACGGGCUUCUUCGGCCUGAGUGCCGAGAAUCCUCAGGGCUGCCAGCCGUGCUGGUGCGACAACAGAGGAACCGUGACAGGAAGCUCCCAGUGUGACCCGGUCAGCGGAGACUGUUUCUGCAAACGUCUCGUUACUGGACGCAGCUGUGACAAGUGUCUGCCAGAACACUGGGCUCUGAGCCACGACCUGAACGGAUGCAGAGGCUGCGAGUGUGACGUCGGAGGAGCGCUGGACAACCAGUGCUCCAUGGAGAGCGGUCAGUGUCGCUGCCGCACUCACAUGACGGGACGUCAGUGUACGCAGGUGGAGUCUGGAUAUUUCUUCAUGGCUCUGGAUCACCUCCUGUAUGAGGCCGAGUUGGCCAAAAUGGGACAGGGCUGUACCCUGGAAACCAGGGAGCAUCAGCCGGGUCGUCCUGCCUCCUGGACGGGCUUUGGGUUUUCCCGGGUGCCUGUGGGCGGAACCCUGGAGUUCCACAUCACUGACGUCCCUUACUCCAUGGAAUAUGACCUCCUUAUUCGCUACGAAUCACAGAUGCCGCGAGACUGGGAGGAUGUGAGAAUAACGGUGAUCCGUCCUGGACCGAUUCCGACCAGCAGCCCGUGUGGAAACACCAUCCCAGACGAUGACAGACUCACCGUGUCCUUGCCAGCUGGAGCCAGGUCUGUGGUCACUCCUCAGCCCGUGUGUCUGGAGAGAGGCGUGACGUACACCGUCCGCCUCGAGUUCAGGCGCUACCAGGACGCCAACAGCAUCAUCAACGGAGCCGCCGACGCUAUCGUCCUCAUGGACUCGAUCGCCUUGAUGCCGCGUCAUUCCUCCAUGGAGAUGUUCAGCGCCGGCGACGCGGCCUCGAGCGUACGGAAGCAGACGUACGAGCGUUACCGCUGUCACGAGGGGGCGAAGAGUGUGACCCGUCCACAGAUGAGCGACACCUGUGCCAAACUCAUCACCAGCAUGUCGGCCAUCAUCAACGACGGCGCUCUGCCUUGUAAUUGCGACCCUCAGGGAUCCGUCAGCUCUCUGUGUGAUGCCCGAGGCGGCCAGUGUCGCUGCAGGCCCAAUGUGAUCGGCCGGCGAUGUGACCAGUGUGCUCCAGGAACUUAUGGCUUUGGACCCUCCGGCUGCGUCGCCUGCAGUUGCAGCUCGGAGGGCUCCGUGACGCGACUCUGCGACAAGUUCAGCGGUCAGUGCCAGUGUCGCCCGGGGGCGUUCGGUCAGCGCUGCGACGGUUGCCAGGCGGGUCACUGGGGUUUCCCCAGCUGUCGCCCGUGCCAGUGUAACGGACACGCAGACCAGUGCGACCAGAGGAGCGGCGUCUGCGUCAGCUGUCGGGACAACACCGGAGGAGACAAGUGUGACAGGUGUGCCAACGGUUACUAUGGCAACCCAGUUCUGGGCAGACCCUCCAGUGGUCAGUGUCGCCCGUGCCCCUGUCCGGACGGGCCCAACAGUGGACGCCACUUUGCUGCGUCCUGUUACCAGGACAACCGCAACCGACAGAUAGUCUGCAACUGUAACCAGGGCUACACAGGCGCUCGGUGUGAUGAAUGUGCCCCGGGUUACUACGGUAACCCCUCGCAGCCCGGAGGCCGCUGUCAGCCGUGCCAGUGCAACAACAACAUCGACAUGUCGGACGUGGACGCAUGCGACAAGAGGACAGGAGAGUGCAGGAAGUGUCUCUACAGCACGGAGGGAUCGGCCUGCGCCAUCUGCAGAAGCGGAUAUUUUGGGGACGCUUCGCGACGCAACUGCAGGAAGUGCACGUGUAACUUCCUGGGCACUGAGCGCAGUCAGUGCGUGGAGCGCACAGACUGCGUGUGUCAGCGCGCCACAGGCCAGUGUCAGUGUCUGCCCGACGUCGUGGGUCUGACGUGUGACCACUGCGCCCCCAACUAUUGGAACCUGGCCAGCGGGAAAGGCUGCGAGUCGUGCGGCUGCGACCCCAACAACUCUGUCACCUCCUCGUGUAACGAGUUCACCGGUCAGUGUCAGUGUCGUGACGGCUUCGGAGGGAAGACGUGUACAGACUGUCAGGAGAACUACUGGGGAGACCCCAGGACACAGUGCAGAGCGUGUGACUGUGACUGGCGUGGCAUCGAGACGUCUCAGUGCAACCGCAUGACCGGCCACUGCGUCUGCCAGCAGGGGGUGUCGGGCGUGCGCUGCGAUCAGUGCGCCAGAGGCUUCUCAGGCCAGUUCCCGCACUGUGAGCCCUGCCACAAGUGCUUCGGGGACUGGGAUCGCAUCGUGCAGGACCUGGCGGUGCGUACCAAGGCUCUGGCGGACCGUGCCCAUGAGAUUCAGACCACUGGGCUCACGGGGGCCUACGAGAAGGCCUUCAGAGACCUGGAAGACAAACUGGCAAAGGCUCAGGGGAUCGUCAACGCACGCAAUGCCACCGCUGCAGCCGUCACCACCCUCAUGGAGCUCAUUGAAGAUCUGAGAUCACAGAUCAGUGAAACCACCGACACUCUGAACCGUCUGGAAGGAGAUUUAACCAGCGUACAGGACAGCAACUCUGAGGUGAGCAAAGAGCUGAGUUCUCUGGAGAGAGAAGCCAAAGAAGUCAACCUCACCUCAGAGCAGCUCCACCAUCAACUGGAUAUCCUGAAAAACUCCAACUUCUUAGGUGCGUACGACAGCAUCCGCGGCUCCUACAACAAGUCCCGGGACGCCGAGCGACGCGCCAACGUGUCGACAACCACCCGGCCCAGCACCAUCAGUCAGUCUGCAGACACGCGCCGCCGCACCGAGCGCCUCAUCGCCGCCAAGAAGGACGACUUCAACCGGAAAAAUGCAGCCAACAAGCGCUCACUGGGAGACCUGAGCACCAGAGUACAGGGCCUGAACCUGAAGAAGAUCAACGAGAAGGUGUGUGGCGCCCCGGGAGAUGCUCCCUGUGCGGAAAGCCCGUGUGGAGGUGCUGGUUGCCGCGACGACGAGGGAAACCGUCACUGCGGAGGCCUGAACUGUAACGGUGCGGUGGCGGUCGCUGACAACGCUCAGGAGAAAGCCAAAUUCGUGGAGAAGGAGCUGAACAAAGUGAUGGGAGAAGUGCAGGGACUCUUUCUCAAGGUGGCAGAGGCCAAGACUAAGGCAGAGGAGGCCAAAGGUAAAGCCCAAGCAGCGCUGGACAAAGCCACGGCCACCAAAAACAAAGUGGAGCGCUCCAACGACGACCUGAGAGACCUGAUCAAACAGAUCAAAGACUUCCUCACUCAGGAGGGAGCAGACCCGGACAGCAUCGAGGCGGUGGCCAACCAGGUUCUGGAACUCUCCAUCCCCGCUUCGCCGCUCCAGAUCAGACACCUGGCCGACGAAAUCAAGGACCGCGUCCGCAGCCUGUCCAACGUGGACGCCAUCCUGGCAAAGACGCAGGACGACGUCCGCAAGGCGGAGCAACUGCUGCUGGAUGCCAAGAGAGCGAGACAUCGUGCUGAGGGAGUAAAGACCACAGCAGAGACGGUGAAACAGGCCUUGGUGGACGCUAAGACUGCACAGACGUCGGCAGAGAAAGCCAUCGCGAGUGCCAAAGUUGAUAUUGACCUGACUGAGACCCGACUGGCACAGAUCGAGUCAGAGACGUCCAACAGUGAGAAGAACCUGGACGAUGCCAUGAGCCGCCUGGGCGCCCUGGGACAGGACAUCAACACUUUGAAGACCAAACGUGCCAACAACAGCAUGGCGGCGGCCCUCGCUGAAGAGACGGCCACCAUGGCACGAGACAGGGCCAACGAAGCCAAGCAGAUCCUGGACGGUCAGCUGACAGACAAAUACCACGAGGUGCAGCAGCGAGUGGACACCAAGGCCAAGGCCGUGCACGACGCCAAGAUAAGAGCCGAGAACCUCCGAGACGAAGCCAAGGAGCUGCUGAGAGACGCUCAGAGCAAACUGCGCAGACUAGCAGACCUGGAAAAGAACUACGAGGAGAACCAGCGGCGGCUGGAGGGUAAAGCUCGUCAGCUGGACGGUUUAGAGGACAAGAUGAAAGCCAUCCUCCACGACAUCAACAAACAGAUCCAGAUCUACAACACGUGCCAGUAACUCACCACCGCUCCAUCGUGUACAGAGACGGGUCCAUCGUUGCGUCACUGCCGUCAAACUUCAGAUUUAAAAAUACUUACAUGAAAUAUACACAGAUGAAGACGUGCGUGAAUCAGUUAUUUUCACACAUAAAAUAAUCAGUGAAAAUCUUCAUUUUGAGGAAUAAAUUGAGAUUAAGUUUUAGUUAGUUUAGUUUUUUUUUAUUAAUCCCCUUAGGGAAAGUAUU